AUGAACGCUCGCAUAAUGGAGUCUUGUAUUUCAGAGUACGCAUCCACACCAGACAAGGCCAGCGACUACAUCAGCCCUCUGCUGAGUUUUGCUGCUCAGCACAUCCCUAAGAACAAGCACCAGGAAACACCUCUCUACAUCCUGUGCACCGCAGGAAUGAGAGUCCUGCCUGAAAGCCAACAGGAGGCCCUGCUGGAGGAUUUGCGGACUGACAUUCCUGUAAAUUUCAACUUCCUGUUCUCCGACUCCCAUGUGGAAGUUAUCUCAGGCAAACAGGAAGGAGUAUAUGCAUGGAUAGGUAUCAACUUUGUUCUGGGACGAUUCAAUCAUGUUGAGGAUGAACAUGAGGCAGUGGUGGAGGUGCAGGUUCCUGGCAGUGACCAGCAGGAGACGCUGGUGCGCAAGCGUACGGCUGGAGUAUUGGACAUGGGUGGCGUCUCCACUCAGAUCGCAUACGAAGUGCCCAAAACUGAAGAGAUAGCCAAGAAUUUGCUGGCGGAGUUUAACCUGGGCUGUGACGCUCACAGAACAGAACACGUGUACCGUGUUUAUGUCUCAACAUUUUUGGGUUUUGGUGGAAAUGCAGCCCGCCAGAGAUAUGAGGAAAACUUCAUCAGCACCACACAAAUCCAAAACAAGCUGCUGGGUCAGCAUCAAGGAGAGAGUGCAGACUCGCCCAUCCUUGACCCCUGUCUGCCAGCUGACCUCCAGGAUGAGGUGGGUCCUCAGGACCAGAGAGUUCACCUGAGAGGCAUUGGAGACUUCGACCGCUGCCGUCUGCUGCUCCAGCCGUUCCUCAACCGCACCAACGACACCAACACAUCGCUGAACGGUGUCUACCAGCCGCCCAUCGACUUCACCAACAGCCAGUUCUACGGCUUCUCUGAGUUCUACUACUGUACUGAAGAUGUGCUGCGCAUGGGAGGAGACUACAACUCCACCAAAUAUUCCAACGCUGCUAAGAGUUACUGUGCCACCCAGUGGAAGACUUUGAAAGAACGGUUUGAUCGAGGACUUUACGCCUCGCAUGCUGAUCAACAUAGACUGAAGUAUCAGUGCUUUAAGUCUGCGUGGAUGUAUGAGGUGCUCCACUCAGGUUUUGCGUUUCCAGCGGUGUAUGAGAAUCUCAGAACGGCCCUGCUGGUGUAUGACAAAGAAGUGCAGUGGACACUAGGAGCCAUUUUGUACCGCACACGUUUUCUACCUCUAAGGGACAUCCAGCAGGAGAGUCUGAAGAGCUCUCACUCUCACUGGCACCACAGCUUCUCCUUCAUGAACAACCACUAUCUGUUCCUGGCCUGUUUUCUGGUGGUGGUUUUGUCCAUCCUCCUCUACCUGCUCCGGCUGAGACGCAUACACAACCGCUCCACACUCCUGCGCGGUGCCUCUGCUUCCGUCCAGUGGCUGGAGGAGGGCCUGGCUUCACCAGACCUCCCUGUUACCCUAUAGGACCUGGACCCUGUCAAUCAAACAACUGGCCAAUCACCUCUCCAAUGAUUUGGUUUUAAAACACUUUGUCAUGGUUUUGCCUCCUAUCAAGUCUUUCUCCUACAGUCAUUGGCCAGUUUUGCGUUUUCACAGAAUAAUUUGCAAGGGAUUCUACAUGACAUGUACAGCCAAGGCCAGUCAAGCUUUGGUGUAAUGUGAAGACGGUGAAGACUGCAGCUUCGGAAAGGAUUGUAUGGCUGCCUCUGAUCAGCUGUGAUGUUUGGUUGUCUAUUUAUUAAUUGUCUGAGGGACGCUGAGGCUGCCUUUUGAUUUUCAGUGUGAAAGAGGACAUGUGACUUGAGUAUGGUUUAUGUAUGUGUCCGUAGUCUAGACAAGGUUCUGCCGGCUGUUGCCUCGACUCAAGACUGUACGCAUAAUUUAACAUUUAUUAAAUGUUUUGAUUGUGCCAAAGAAAAACAGAGUGAGAUUCAUUUUAAAAGAUGAAUUUUAAAUGUUUUUACCACCAAAACCUUUUCUCUCUCUCUCUCUCUUUCUCUCUCUCUCUCUGUUCAAUACAAUAGAAACUCGUGUCUUGGAACUUUUUUCUUGGGAUUUUUUGGACACGGAAGUUGGACUGCGCUGAUAUCGUGGUAGAAAGCGAAAUCCCUUUAAAAUGUAAAAACACUAGCCACAAUUAAAAAGAUGUGGCAGAUUUCUAAAAUGAUUCAAGGUCACUUUUUUUCUACCUAAAAUACCUUUCCAUGAAUUAUAUUUCCAUGAACAGCACUCCGUGGAGGAAUGUUGAGAGCGAAAGAGAAAAUGUCUCUUAUUUUUAUUUUUUCUUGUUAAAGGUAGAUGGUUUCGAUAGUGAAUAUUACAGUGUUAGAGUGUCAGAAUUACUCCUUUAUCAUUGGUACUGCUUAUUGCUUGUCAGUGAGUGUAUGUGGGAUUGUGAGCAUUCAUUUUAUUUUAUUAUUUUAUUUUUUAAUGUCAUCACCUAUCAUUUCUAUGACUUCACACUGGGGUGGAGCUGUAAAUGUUGUUAUUUAAACUUGUAGAGCUCUGUGAUGAGAAUCAGUGCAAUAUAUUUGGGGGUUAAAAUCACAUCUUUGCGUGUCAGAAUUCCAGCUUGCAAUGUACAAGUUCACCCAAAAAUAAAUUGUCAUGUUCUUCCAAACCCAUAUGGCCACGUCUGUUUGACUAAUAAAUUCUGAUGAAUGUAUUAGUCACUCGUUUGCAUGCAGUUACACUGAAUUAGGAUCGAGAUGUAAAAAGCACCAUUAAAAAACGAUAUCCUUGCACAUAUGAUUUGUGUACUAUAUUCAAAGUAUUAAAUAUUCUGAAGCCAAACAAUAGCUUUGUGUGAGUAACAAUAAUAUGACUUUAAGAAUAUAGUCCACAAGUUGAAUGGGCAGUUUAAAGGGUUAGUUCACCCCAAAAUGAAAGUUCUGUCGUUAAUUAC